UGGGGCUUCAACCAAGCUGGGCACAGAAACCAGUUGUUGGCGCUGUCCGUGGUGCUGAGGAAUUCCCGGCUGCCGGCAGGAUGAGCUCCGAAUCAGCAGUCUGCAAACUGCUCCCACGGAUGCCAAACCCCAGCUAAAGUUGCACCUUUGUUUCACGUCCACAGUUAGAAUCUUCUGGUGUCUGAGGAGAGAUUCAGUCAACAUAUUGUGGACGAUGCUGAUGGUUCUGCUGGUGGAGUGGGCUUUAAGCUUCAGUAUGCUGUUUCUGUUUGUGAUCCUCAGAGCCUAGCCAAGUCACCUCUACUGCCGUAGCAAACACUGUGUAAGUGAACCCAUGUGUGGAGGAGGCGUACGCAGCCAGGAAAUUUCAUAGAAGGAUCUAAGAAAAUGCUAAAAAUAAGUUCAACAUGAUUCUGCUACCGGGGUCCGGAUUUCCACAGGACCAGCAUUGCUUCUUGCUUUGAAUUCUGAAGACAGGUCCAAAGCAUAUUUCUUAUGUGUGUCUGCUGUGUUUCUCUCUGGAAGGGUGGGAGACUGCUUCUUGGCUGUGUUUUGAAAUGGGAGGUAAAGAGGAUGGAUUGCCUUUAAUUCAUGCCUGAAAAUGCAUCCUUUGGGUGACUAAAGAGGACUGGCUUUCCUAAGACAUACCUGACCUUUAAGUUCAGAUUGGUCUGUGACCCCCAGCACCACCAUUAACCCCAGAGUGACUAGCCCACCCCUCUUGCAUUCCCAUGGAAGGAGCUGAGUGUAUUUAAUAUUAGGAGAACAUCCAGAAGCCUGUGAGGAGGGGGAUGGCUCUUCAUAUUCAUGAAGCUUGCAUACUUCUAUUGGUCAUCCCUGGAUUGGUCACCUCUGCUGCCAUCAGUCACGAAGACUAUCCUGCUGAUGAAGGUGACCAGGCUUCCAGUAAUGACAAUCUGAUCUUUGAUGACUAUCGAGGGAAAGGGUGUGUGGAUGACAGCGGCUUUGUGUACAAGUUGGGAGAACGGUUUUUCCCGGGGCAUUCCAACUGUCCAUGUGUCUGUGCUCUAGAUGGACCUGUUUGUGACCAGCCAGAAUGCCCUAAAAUUCAUCCGAAAUGUACAAAAGUGGAACACAAUGGAUGCUGUCCAGAAUGUAAAGAAGUGAAAAACUUUUGUGAAUAUCAUGGAAAAAAUUACAAAAUCUUGGAGGAAUUUAAGCCCUCUCCAUGUGAAUGGUGUCGCUGUGAGCCCAGCAAUGAAGUUCACUGUGUUGUAGCAGACUGCGCAGUUCCUGAGUGUGUCAACCCAAUCUAUGAACCAGAACAAUGUUGUCCUGUCUGCAAAAAUGGUCCAAACUGCUUUGCAGGAACUACAAUAAUUCCAGCUGGCAUUGAAGUGAAAGUGGACGACUGUAACAUCUGUCAUUGUCACAACGGGGACUGGUGGAAACCCGCUCAGUGUUCAAAGCGCGAAUGCCAAGGCAAGCAGCCUGUGUAAGGCAAAUUCCCGAAUGAUGACAAGUUCUAGGAAGGGAUGCUAUGGUUUCUACACGGCACAUGUUUAACACUCAACAAAAUGAGCAAACAAACUCCUGCCAGCUACAACAGGGUCACCAGCAAAACCUUCUGGGGUUGACAAAGGUGAUUAUUUUACCAAGAGGAAAAUUCUCUUUCUCUUGCUAUAUAAAAUAUACAUAGCAUACAGCCAAUGUUUGAUGGUGACUUGACGACCAAGAUUUCUGGGACAAGAAAGAAAGAAAAAAAACAGCCUUGGACAGGCUCCUUCCCAGGUGAUGCCUCUGAGCUGCCAGCUCAUUUCCCCUGAUUUCCUCCAUUUUUACUUGGCUGUGCAGACUACACUUUUCUCUUGUGUGUUUUCUACCUUUGGAAUCUAAAGAGGUCAGAUUUGACUGCACAGUAAAGAUUUGUGUGGCAUCAAAAAUGUUUGAUAAAGGAACUUUGGUGGGAAAUAUCCUUCCAGAGGGGGAAGAUGAAAGGGUGACCAUGCAGUGGCUCUCUUGCAGGCAGUUAUCAUGUCUGUAGGCUGAGAAAUACAGUAGUAGGCUGACUCCUCUGCAGAUCAAGCUGAGGAACAACUGUUUUGUCCACUAUGUUGGGGCUCACUGUUGAUUCUUACAAACCACACAUUUCAUACAUAAAACUUUGAAACUGCCAAUCAGAAACAAGUAGAUGAAGAACACCAUGAGUUGACUGAAGAACCCAAAGAGACAGGUAUUUAAAACACUAGCAUUUAAAUCACCAGACUUCUUCGUGAUGCCAGCCUUGAGUCUGGUUUAUAAUUAAACAUAACCACAAAGCCCACCUUGUCACCAGGCAAUAUAAAUACCAGAACCAGGGUGAGUAGCCCCACUGUGAAUCAAUCUUUCUAAACACUUCUAGCUUUCAAGUUCCAAUUUGGAUGAAAGGCAGUCCUAUACACAGCAGUUUUUAUGAUUUGGGACUGUGUUUACCAUGUUACAGUAACCACCACUCAGCCCUCAGAUCCAGGACACUUUCCACCUUAAGUGCUGAUGUAAAUUAAAGAUUAGGGUAGAGUGAGUCUUGCACAAUACAAUGUCCUUAAUUGAAUAUUUUUAGUGUAUAUAUUAGAUACUUAACUAUUAAAAUGAAACCUUUGAAGAGUUUCAAGGUUGCCCUGGUAAUGCUGCUAGUAUAAUAAUGGAAAAAAUAAUAAUAAAAGAAAUACACAGGGUAUCUGAUGCCACCUCCAGUCAAGUGCAAAAUUCAUAGUUCUGAGAUCCAAUGACCCAGUCACUUACUCCGCUAUUCAUCCCAAAAUCCCUGGUGCAGGUCUGAAAGGGAAGCUUCAAAGUUUUCUUCAUGUCCAGUUGUCUUUUCUUUUCCUGUUUUCUGCUGCCAAAGCCAGUCUGGGUUUCAUGGGGCUUCUGUGGAAGAACAUAUUAUACAGAAGGAUGUCUCAAGCUCAAUCUCUGACAUUUGGGGCCAUAUUGGUAGGGGCUGGGCUGCACACUCUUAGGGUGAUGCUAGGUGGAAUUCCUGAAUGUCACCUGCUAGGUACAGGAACAUCCACCGAGUUAUAGCAACCAAAAGUCCCCAGACAUUGCCAAAAGUCCUCAAGGGGUAUGUUAGGAAACAAAAUUUUACCUGUCUGAGAAGCUGUGCCAUACAGCUGUAUCAUUUCUACCACAUGACAUGCCAGGCAGCUCCAACUAACUUCACACACAUGGCUUUAUGGAGCCCCUGAGACCUUUGGAUCAUGAACAAACAGCACCCCCAGGAGUCAAUCUCCUCCCUACCACAGGGUGCUUCUAAGGCCCACUCUCUGGACACUAGUCUCUAUAUUGUCAUAAAUUAGUUUUCUCACUUAAAGUUGUCAGGCUCUCCUCCCUGGAAGCACUACCUGUCAUCAAGAAAGAGUUGUCAUUUCCAAAAUUAAUGUGCUGACAAUCCAGAUCUGACACUUUUACACACACUGUGCUUGUGUUAUGAUACAAAUAACCAUCCUGGUGCCAUCCGAGGAAGAACAUCCAGCCGCCUUCCUUUAGAACACCAAUUUGCUGCAAGGUUGGUGCCUUUCAGUUGCCACUAUGGAUACAUCAUAGAGACAGCCAUGAAUCAUUCAUGAGCAAUUCUACAUGAUUUAUGCCUGCACUCAAAAGCAAAGACACUGCACACUUCAGCCUGUGUCUAGACAAAGUCAUAUUAUACAGCUUUCUUUGCCCUGAGGUUGCCUAUUGACAGUCCCCAAAAUCCAUAUUCUUGAAAGAAAAUAAGAAUAAUAAUAAUCAUUAUUAUUAUUAUUACUAUAAAUGACAGGAAUAAGGUCUAAAACUGAAAAAAAUUACUAAUACAGCCAUGUAGCAUAGACCCUUAUCUAUUAUUAAGGAAUUUCUAUGUUCUUGUUAGAAACAAAGAAUGUGCAACUUGGAAGCCAAGGUGUAGGAAUUCUGCAUCAAUGUCUGAGCCCCCUGAUUCUCACAGCAAGAAUUCCGUGGGGUAGAGUGUAACAACCAUCAAAACUCUUCAGAGAGUUCACCACUGGCAGCCAUUCAAUGGCCUCUGUUACAGACUUGAGAAGGGGAUUUUCAUCAUUGUUCAUGUUGGGUUGGGCCUAGUUUCUUUUGUCUGUUGGGUUAUUCUUAUGUUUUUUCCGUUUCACUACAACAUGUCUCUCAAUACUCCCAAUCACCAAUGCUUUCCCACUUUUAGGGAAGAACAAACCUAUACUGUGAAAGAAUUUCUCAUAAACUGACAGACAUUUAACAACUUUCUUCUAGCCAGGUUGACGAAAAAUAAUUUCCAAAGCUCUGAAAUAUCAGAGUUCUUCUCAUCUCAUCAUGUUGUUGUUGUUGUUAUUUCGUUUGAAGGCUUUGAUUGCAGCCACACAGUCACCUCAGUGUUAUCCUUUCUCUUCUGCCUUUGGGUCUUGGCUUUAAAUUCAGCUUUGUUUAAAUAAGGCAUCAGCAUCCUAUUUAUCAGCUGAUGCCUGUUAAACUAAUUCAGUUUCUAAACAUCUUUGAAAAAUGGUGUGCCUGAAAACUAGUGAGAGAGAGAGAAAAAAAAACACUGACCUGUAAAAAAGGGGGAAUUCUAGCAACAAUAUUUGAUGUGUAAAAGAAUAUAUUAUUAAAAAAUUAUUUUGUUAAAUAUAAAGUGUGUUAACCAGUGAACAUUGUUUGUGGUAUAUUUCCUGCCCAAGUUUCUCAUUCCUCCUCUCCUUCUUAUUCAAUGAUGGACUCACAAUGGCAUCUGUCACCCUACAGCACAUAUGUCAUUACAGCUGCAGCCAAAUAGAAUUAAGCUUUAACUCUAGUAUUUGACUGAGUACAUUUCCAUUUUACAAAAUAUGAGGUAAGGCUGACUUUGGGGGUGUCACAAAAGGAGGCUAACUAAACUGCAAGUGGGAGUGUUUCAGAUGGUAGGGUCAAACACCUUUCCUCACUCCACACCCAUGUUCGGCACCACAGUGCUUAAGUGUGCAGGCAUGCCAAGCACAGUGCCAGGCUCAGAGAAUGCAGCAUCAUGUUCUGUCUCCAUAACACACCUGAGAGGAAGGAAUCCUGCCUGUGUUCUCACUACUGAGAAGGUAAGAAUGUAAAAAAACCAAAUGUUUUAUCUAACAUCCUGAGAUGAGAAGUAGCCUUGAAGAGGAAAAUAGCAUCAGUAUCCUUUACUUCCUGAUUGUCCUGAUCCAGUAGUUACUACAAUUUUGCAGAAUAGUUAACUAUUUUCUAUACAUAACAUAAAGCAUGAAUCCAUUCAUCACUAAAAUGAAAUAAUCAUCUCUUUUUUUAAAAAAGGUAGCAUUUUCUUACAAAGGUAUGUUAUUAUAUUAAGAGAUCUAGCAAAAUUAGUAACUUUAAGACUGUCCAAUAUCCAGGCCAUAUUCAAAACUCUUAGAUUUUUUAAAUGAGAAGUAAGUUUGUUUAUAUAAUCAAAAAUGGCCUUAUAUUUGGUUGGUAUACCUCUUAAAUAUAGAAUAUAGAUUUGAACUUUGCCAACCAUAGCUAAAAUCUCUGACAAGAUUCCUGGAUUUGUUGUUUUUUGAAAAUUUUUACUGAGAAUAUUAUUCUUUUAAUGUUCAUGUUCAACCGUAAACUCACCGAUUGACUUACAAUAAGCAACAAGGAGCAAGGCCCAGAGAAAACAUCAUUGCUUACAACUAGUAGCCAGAAUACAUACCUUUGUCUUUCAUGUAUACAAACUCUAAUCGGGUAGUAAGAAUGAACUCUUAUUGUCAUGUUCUUUGAGACAAACUCAUUGCCUAACACAAAACUACGUGGGUAGUAUUGUAUAACAGCCGUCAGUUUCUGCAUUACUUGAGAAGGGAAAACAUAUCCACUAAUAAAACAUCAGCAUGGCAUACCACAUAAAGACACACCUGUAUCAUGGUAACAUUUUCAUAAAACAAAAUUAGACUUCCUAGCACUUAAAUUCCCAUACAUUCAGUUUUCUACUCCCUUUGCCCUCAAAGUUUCAUAGGGCUGACACCUUAGAAGUAUGGGUGAGAACUGUGAAUCAAGGCACAGAUUUGAAACAUUGAUGGUAUUUGAAGUUUUAUGUGAACAGUACUCUUCUAAAAACAAGUAUUUCAUGAUUGUGAAAGGCAAAACCUUGUCUGUGAGUCACCAAACUUACCUGUGUUUUCUGACCAUAUUUUUUUAAUACAUGAAUGGGAUUAACACUCAAUUGUCCUUCUGGUAUAAACACCUGAACGUCCCUGAUCAAUCUUAUGUACAAAGAAGGCAGAAUAUUCAGUACAUAAAAGUUAAAUGAAUGGAAUUGGGGGAGGGGGAUACAGCUCAUUGUGUAAAUGUUUGACACAUAAGCAGGAAACCUGAGUUCAGAUCUGCAUCGCCCAGGUAAAAAACUGGGUAUGGCCUUCCUGUGAAUAAGGAAGUGAAAAUAGGAGGAUCUCUGAGGCCUAUGGUCUGACUCAUCUCAUCUGAUGAUGAACAGGUACAAUAAAAAGGGAGGAAGCAAUAUGGAAGAAAUCUGAAGUCAAAUUACAGUCUCCAUCUGCACAUGGCCGUAAACAGUUUGUGUACCACAAAGAUACAAGCAUAUACCCACCACACCCCUUUUCACACAAUGAAUCCAUGUGAAUUUUUAUCACUGGACUUUAAGGGUUCAAUUUAUUUUUAAAUUACAAAUACUUUCAGUGGAGGCUAUGACAGGACUUGCGUUGACUUUUCAAAAUGUUGAGCUCAUCAUUUUUUCCAUUCCAGAUGCUAAAUACUUCCCAUACUCCCAUUAUAAAUGGAUUUUUAGUACUUUCAAACAGCUACAACUGCUUCAAUUAAUUUUAAGUUAAAAGUCUUCCAAUUAAAGACAUUUUUCAUAUUUGGUACCAUGCAUGGGAGGAACUGGAAUAUAAAACUCAGAUACCACUACUUGAGUUUCUUGGUGUGUUAGACACUGCAUUGGCUGCUGCACAUAAGACAGUGACUUGAAUUUAUUGGUUCAAGCAUUUUCACAGCUAUAGUGAAAUUAUCACCAUUUUACAGGCUAUAACACAGAAUACAGAGAACAUUUUGGUUUCUCUAGGCUUACAUGCCUAGGCAGAACUAUCUUCAUAUAGAUUUGAAAGCACUAAAUAGAAGAAUCACAUAGGGUAGUUUAAAUGAAAACCUAGAAGAUCUUAUUGUAGAUUAGCUGCCAUUAUCAGGACUUGGGGAGAUAGAAAAGAGAUAGAUGAAAAGAUACUGGAUUUGAGUAUGACAUCUUAUGUAUUAUUUGGGUAUUUAUUUAGAGAAAUAUUAUUGUAAGACAGAAAAAACAAUGGUAUAUUUUGAAGGUGACAAGCAGUCAAUAAUUGCUUUGAUUAUGAGGCUACAGAGGCAGGCAUAUACUAAGAGAUGCAUCUGGGAAGAAAAUCCAAUUUUCAUGAUCUGGAAACCCAUACUAAGAAAAUUGGACUUAUUGACAUUGUGGAAUAAUUAUAAUAAAAUCAGAAGGUGCAUGGCCAUAUUCAUCUUUUCUUAAACAAUUGGGACAGCAGAUUAAAUAAUGAAUUAGAGACCAGAGAGAGGCAGGAACAGUAAUGGGGGACAAUUACAAAAACCCAGGAAAGAAAUAAUGAGUAUCUGAUGCAGUAUGAGUGAGACUCAAACUAGGCAGCUGAUACAAUAGCUCUUCACAGAAGAUCAAAUGGGGAGGCUAGAGUGAAAACAGUCACAACACUAGCUCACGGGAUUAGAAGGAUGUUGUUACAAACGGCAAUAAUCAAUGACAUGAAACCCACACUUUACUUGUAGUAGCACCUGUUCUCACUUUAGGACCCUGUGCCAAAGUUGCUAGUAACAUAUUAGAUCUUUAGGAUCAACUAUAUAUACAAUUGUCUCCCAGACACCACAACAAUUGCCAGCUUAUUUUCUUCUUGACUUGAGUAAUUGCAACUUGAAUAUCCAAACUUCAAAACUGAUCAAAUGGGCUUUUUUAUAUAGUAAUCUUGAGAAGAAAGUCUGUGUUCAGAAGGUAAGGAGAAAGCAAUUGUUUCACUAGUUUUCUACAAAUGUUAGUCUUAUACUAAAAUUUAUCUGCAUACUGUCAGACAAAAUUACCCGUGGACUUCUAACAUUUGCCUCUACACAUAUCUCUCUAGAAAACAAAAGGUUGGCUCUUUGUUUUCCACAUUGUUGUUCAGCAAGAUCCCUGAAAUUAAAAAAAAAGAGUUGGUCAAAUACCCAUUGUGGACAUCUGUUUUUGUUUUUUCAUGGAACAUGUAAGGGUAAAUGGAUAGUUAGGUCCAAAGAAGACCUUUUAAUGUGAGGUCUCUUAAGAUACCUAACUUUCUACAUGCACAUAGAUGCACGCACACACACGCACAUGCACACAUACACACCAACAUCACUACCACCACCACAUACACAUGUACAUGUAUGCUUUUUGUUGUUGUUUAAUUUCCUAUUAAAUUAAUCACAACAUUGGGUCAGUGAGACCCAUUAACUGCAUUUCUCAUUUAGACCUUUCAGAGAGGCAGCUGAAAAUGCAAUUUAAUUUGUUGACCCAUGAUCAAUAGCAAUUAAUAGUAUCUCUUUAAUCUUGUUGAAAGGCCUAUCUCUGGCUUUCAGUAGCCACCAUGUCAAGGGACACGUAUCCACACAUGCAGGCAGGUUAGUUUCUAGUUACCUUCAACCAUGUACUUUUUCAGGGAUGGUGUCCCUUUUAAAAGUUACUUUUCUCAAUGUUUUCAGCCAUCACUCCAAAGUUCAUCUAGGUUGUAUUUAAAGUUCCUCCUGUAUAAGUCCAUGGUAUAAGUAUGAGGGACCUGUACUGCUGAGGACAAACACCUAUAAAAUACAUUUUAAUCCAGAAAAUUGAUAUACUAUUUUAAAUGUAAAUGUUAAUAAAAGUAUUAUAUUUCCUAGGACUUUGUGUUAUUAUGUAACCAAGACAAAUGAUGCGAUUCUGUCUUUUUCUCUUACUUGUCAUAUUAAUUAAAAAGUUAUCCCUUUGCUCCAUAAUUAGCUUUCCAGUAGAAAAGGAGAUACUGUGGUUGAAGUGAGUGGCAGAUUAUCUUCCUACUCUUAAGGAGGGCACACUGUGACAAGGCAAACAAAGCAGAUUUGUAGUAACAAAGGGAUGUGUCAUGAUCUUAGUGUGAACACGGACAAUGGCAAAUAGAUUGGCAUAGACAUGUGGGAAGACUUCCUGGGACAUGGAACUUGCUUUUUUUUUGAGCUUUAAAAGAAGAAUACACCAGCAGCCAAGAAGAAAGUAGUCAGUGUCCUCUUGCAAUUUGUAAGGGGAGAGUUUCUUCUAACAUAGCUCAGAACAUGUAACUGUCCCAUUUUGCUAAUAUAAUCUAUUCAAAUCAGUGACCAUGUGUCUGGCACAAAGUCAGGGCCUUGAAACAAAUCAAAAGAGGAAAAAUUGGCCAUUUAUAUGUUAUGCAAGAAUCAUUUAUCUUGUCACUUCAGCUAUAUUUUCUAUAGUCAGCUCACUGACCAGUGAGAUUUUCUCCCUUCCUCUUUCCUCAGAUACCAAGAGCACAGCAUUUUCCAGAAUUUGCAUGUGCUUCUACAUAGCUUACAGUGAUUUUUCCUUCAAUGGUCUCAUCAACAGGCCAUCUAUAUAGUAAUGAACUAAGGGAUGAGAGAUGGAAGAAACUUAUUAAAGAAUCAGUAAGCAAUCAGAGAUAUGUUAUGUAGCAAGUAUACUUUUUAAAUGUAUGUAAAUGAUAUCAGGAUAGUUACCUGCUCUGCAAACUCACAAGAUUAGUUUUAAACCUAAUACCCAAUAUAUUUCUUGUAUAAUAGUUUCACAAGAGGAUAAUAAAAAUAUACUAGGCAGUGUCUUAUACAUAAAUUUUGAGGUCAAGUGGCUAUGUAAAUAUGAAAUAUAUAAUGUGUAAAUUGCAAGUAUAAGAUGUCUUUGAUACAUAUAUAUAUUUGUAUCUGUAUAAAUAUCAAAAUCUUAUAUAAUUGUAAACAGCUAUAAAUAUAAUGGUAGACUAGUGGUUGUGUAUCAUCACGAUCAAAAACUUGCUGUUUCCAUCUGUCUCCUAAACUCUCUCUUCUAUACCUAGAAUUUGCAGGCUCAUCUAGCUAACAACAAUUCUUACCUCACCUUUGCUUUGCUGUGAAGCAUUUCAUUAGUUCUGCUUGUUCAUAGAUUUAAUUUCCCAUCCCUAAUCAUUUGUGCGUCACGUGCUCCAUCGAUUUCAGAGGGAGGCAGAGAACAUGAGCAAAGGAGAGUUACAGAAAGGCAUGAAACCCAAGCUGUUGGGGAGUCUAAAAUCACUGCAGUGACAAUGAAAUUUAUGUAUCUAUA